UAUAAUCAUUCCCUGCUCGGCAUCGCUGCAGGAUCGACCAUUCAUCGAUGGCUUUGCAGGGGCUUCACCGUCAGACUACACGCAGGCGACACGCGGUGCACAAAAGCAGGAAACAGGUUGAGACUAGGCCGCAGCACCUGCUUUGAGGUUGUAUCCCGCUACCCCGAUGCUGCAUGGCAUAACCGUCGUGGGGUCGGGUACUCCCUGGUGCGCCAUAACCAGGGUUCUUCACCGACUGCUUACACUGCCAUGCCCGGUCCGCUCUUGCGCAUCACCCCUAUCAUGGCAUUGGAGCACAGUUGGUUGCUCCUCUUCAGCGCAGCGUGGGGAAGGGAGCACCCAGCAUAAGGGCAUGCAUACGGCACGGCGCCGAGUACUUGCACUGGAGAAUCCCAAGCCAGCAGGCGUGAACAACGCAUGAUGGCAUACCAAGUCAUUUAACUUCAUUAUAUUCGGCACUGGGCCUGCAUUGCUACUGCUGUAUUCAUGCGAGAAACAGGACUGAAUCCAGUGCCCAAAUUUGCACUCUAGCCGCAUGUUUAUCACGAAUAUAUGCUGAUGAACGCGCCCUACUAGCUUACGAACAGCGCCCCUAGCCAUUAUGUCGCUGGGAUACGCUGACCGUUUAAAGCCGAAGAAAAACCUUGGCGGGCAGCUCGGCGCGCAAGAGUUCCACCAGGACCUCGACGACAUCAAAAAGGGCGUCAAGGAGCUAGCGGGAUGGGUCCGCGACGCCAAGCGCGUGUUUGUGUUCACGGGCGCCGGCAUCUCCACCGCCUGCGGCAUCCCUGACUUUCGCGGCCCCAACGGCAUCUGGACGCUGCGCAAGAAGGGUGAGGCGCUGCCCACCGACUUCACGCCCUUUGAGUACGCGCGGCCCAGCUUCACACACAUGGCCAUCUCGGGCCUGGUGGCCGCGGGCAAAUGCCCCUACGUGUGCAGCCAGAACGUGGACAGCCUGCACCUGUGGAGCGGCGUGCCGCGGUCGAGGAUCGCGGAGCUGCACGGCAACUGCUUCGCAGAGCGGUGCCGGGGGUGCGGCGCCGAGUACGCGCGCGACUUCCAGAUGGAGACGGUGGACUUCCGGCCCAGCGGCCGGCGCUGCACGGCGCCCGGCUGCGGCGGCGAGCUGGUGGACAACAUCCUGGACUGGGACACACCCCUGCCGCAGGACGAGCUAGACGAGGCGGUGCGGCAGGCGGAGGAGGCGGACGUGGCGCUGGUGUUGGGCACCUCGCUGCAGAUCCAGCCGGCCAACGAGAUCCCCGUGCUCACACGUGACGAGGGCGGCAAGCUGGUGAUUGUGAACCUGCAGAAGACGCCCAAGGACCGGCGAGCCAACCUGCUGCUGCGCGCCCGCGUGGACCUGGCCAUGGCGCUGCUGGCGCGGGAGCUGGGCAUGCAGGUGCCGCCGUACAUCCGCACGGAGACGCUGGUGGUGGAACACGAGGCGGCGGCGGCGGCGGUGGAGGCGACCGCCGGGCAAGGCGGCCUUCGCGGCCUGACCAUCCACGUCAGCAGCCGGCACGGGCGGGCCUGCCCGCUGCCCAUGGUCGAGUCCCUGGAGCUCACAAUCCAGGAGGAGCGGGAAGAGCAGGAGGAGCGGGGGAUGGAGGGGGACGGGCAGGAAGGCGUGAAAGAAGAGGAAGGCGCGGCCGGGGUGCGUGUGAAGGAGGAGGCGGGCGGCGCAUUGCAUCGGCCGGACACCGCGAGCGGGCGGGCGGCGUGGGGCCCGGUGAGCAGCGGUGUGCUGACAGUGGCCCCGGGGUCGUGUGGCGGCAGCGGCGGCGGCUACAGCCACACCUUCGCGGGUGUGCCGGGCCACGUGCGGCGGCUGCGCUGCAGCCUGGCGGUGCGGCUGGUGCGGUUCGCGGACGCCGACAAGCGCCGUGUGCAGCUGAGCCACCUAGUGGACAUGGACGAGCUGCUACAGCCGGCGGCGGCGGCGGCGGUGGCGGCGGCGGCGGCUUCGGCGUCAGGGGCGGCAGCAGGAGCAGCAGGAGCGGCGGGCACGGCAGGCAAGGCAGGAGCGGCGGGCAAGGCGGUGAAGGCAGCAGGCAAGGCAGAAGCGGGGGCGGCGGGGGAAGCAGCCGCGGCAGCAGCAGCAGCAGCAGCAGCAGCAGCAGCAGCGGCGGCGGCGGUGGCGGCGGCGGGCAUGACCGUGCGGCACAGCUUCGUCAGCCAGCGCACGGACUACGACGCCGCAGCGGUGAUUGACGCCUUUGCGGCCAAUCCGCCGCCGGUGGUGCUGCCGGAGCCGCCGCGCAAGCGCCAGAAGAAGGAGCCCUCUCCGGCGCCGGCGCCCACGCGGGUAAGUGCGCGCCGUGCCUCCCGCAACAGCCAGCGCGCGGGGUACGAGGCGGAGGGCCGCGCGGGCCCCGGCAGCGGAGCGAGUGGGUUGGUGGAGGAGGAGCAGGAGGCGGAGAGGCGGGCGGGGGCACGUGGGGGCGACCUGCCGAGCGACAGUGGUGACGAUGACGCGUGAGGUGCUGUGUUGGGAUGCGGAUUGCAGUGCGUGUGUGUGAGUGCGUGUGGUGGAUGCAUGGGCUUGAGCUGUGCAUGCGUGGCUUUGAUGUCGGUGCUGAGGCGGCGGGAAGGCUUGAGGUGAGUUCUUACGCGGGCGUAGCUGCGCCAGCGCGCAGCCGCCGUGCAGACAGGAGUGCAGCGACGUAGGUUUGGAUAAUCGUACCUUAAGUGCAUGAUCGGUGCAUGAUGUUUGCAAUCGAAUGGUUGGAGGACGAGGUGUCAGUGACCUGCAGUAAUACUGCAGUGCGCAUCAAGACGCAUGAAUGCAUGAUGUGCAUCAGUGCGUUUGCACAGCUAGCGAUGUUAGCCGACGGCCAUCCUCGGCCAUCGAAAUGAGUCACAGGUCCUGAGACCGCGGCAAGCUGAGGCGACACCACAGGAUACAUCGACGUCUAGA